GAGGCCAGUCAUAGAACCUGUGGGUGGCAUGUGUCGUGGGCAUGUUGUAUUCCUGGCCGAAUUCUGGGGACUAUACUUUGCUCAUUCCGGAGGCUCAUGGGACAUGCUUCUAUGUUGCAGAUUGAAGAAGGAAGUAAAGCUGCGGAGGUGGACAAGUUACUGGCUGGAGACGAGAUCGUUGGCAUCAAUGACACUGGUCUCUCAGGGUUUAGACAGGAAGCUAUCUGGCUGGUGAAGGGGUCCUGUAAGACCUUGAAGCUGGUAGUUAAAAGGAGGAAUGAGCUGAGCUGGAGGCCUCACUCCUGGCACGCCACCAAGUUCUCCGAGAACCACCCGGAGACGUCAGCAUCUCAGUUCUCCUCUGCCGGCAUCUACCCUUCUUGGCACGGCCGAUACCACUCGAGUUCAGGUACAUGGGAGCAGACGAAUCUGCAGCACACCUCUGACUGUUUGAGCUCCCUGGGCAGUGUCGACAGCCUGGACCACCCUUGACAGCCCUACUCCUCUGGACGCCUCUCGGCCACCAAGUCCAACAGCAGCAUCGACCACCUGGGCGGCCCAAACCAGCACAACUCGGCUUAUGGCUCGUUCUCCACCAGCUCCAGCACGCCUGACCACACCUUGCCCAAGGCCGAUACCUCCUCCACAGAGAACAUCCUCUACAAAGUGGACCUAUGGGAGGCCUCCAAGCCGGGCAGCAGCCGGCAGGGCCAGGCCGCCGGUGACCCUCAGGGCCUAGAGGACAGGCUCCGGUAUUUCCCACCCAGGGUCCUCUGUGACAGCCGCAAAAGCCCCAGGCCAGAUGAUAGUCCUGAGCCCAAGGUGGCCUCCUCUGGGAGGUCCAGUUUUUUGCCAGUCUGGUAUGUUCCUGAUAAGAAAAAAGCACCUUCUUCCCCUCCCUCACCACUUCCCCCUCUUCGCAGUGAUAGCUUCUCAGCCACCAAGAGCCACAAGAAGAUCCAGGGCCCCCUGUUCUCAGAGGUGGCUGACAUGCAGCACUUUCUGGGCCUGACCUGGGCUCAGCCCAGCAGCGACUGGAGGCCAGAACCUGGCAACCAGCAGCGAAGGUCGGCACACCCCACCAACAGGAAAAGAUCUGGGGGGUCAGGCUUGGCCCAGGAUGUGCCAUGUGAUUGGCCGGCCUCUGAUCACGAGGCCCCCAGCCAGCCUCAGGCCUCUCUGUCCAGCACGGAUGUGCGUUGCCCUCAGCCUUCCCAGAGAUGCCAGCACCUGAGCCAGUGCAGUGACGAGAGUCCCUUCCUACCUGAGGGACCUAGUGCUGCCAUGUCGCCCAGGGAGCAGCUCCGUGCGGCCCUCCCUGGGGCUUCCAGGACAACAACCCCACUCAGGUCAGGUGGCCCAGCGCUGCCGACCAGAAAAGGGACAGUGGUGGCCAGAGCCACUACUCCUGUGUGCCCACGAGACAAUGUCUUCAGGGGGCCACUAGGGCCCUGUUUCUGCGGGGGACCAGUUGGCAUCCUGACAUGGUACCACUCCAGGUACCACCCAGUAUCCCGCCACACAGCUGACAGGUGAAGCCAUGGGGCUGCCUGCCUCUCCAUGACGGGGCCUGGAGCACCCCUGAGAGGGAAAGGCAGGACUCAGUCACAUCAAAGAGCUGCCCAUGAGGAGAAAGCAGGACUGAAGAAAAUCACAGACAGCUUCACGUGGGCUGAUGGAGAAAGCAGCAAGAUCUCCCCUCAGCAGACCCCCCAGCUGCACUUCCUGGUGGAGGAGGAGACCUGCCAGCCUGAGGACAGCCAAGAUGGUGGCACAGAGAGGUCACCACCCUCUGAUGCCCAGGUGGCUAAAACCACACAGAGAGGUGACCGGUUUGCCACCAGUCUGAGGAAUGAGAUCCAGACGCAGCAAACCAAGACGCAGAAAAGCACAAGUACAGUGAUUCUGGCUGGCACCAGCAGGGGUGAGGAAGAAGCUAGUGGCUGGAGGGUGGAGCUGGGCACAGCUAUUGGCACCUCAACAGAAAGUUCUUUUCCAGGCACCUAUAAAGACCACCUGAAGAAGGCCCAAGCCCAGGUCCUGAGGGCCACAUUUUUUAAGUGCCACGACUUGGACCCCAGCCUGGCUGACCGCUAUGCCUGUUUACCAGUACACAGCACAGACCCCAACCCUGUCCCCUGCUUCUGGGAGGUGGGCCUGGCCAAGCUGCUGCUGUCUAUAGGCAGCAUGCCACAUGUUCCCUGCAUUGGGGGCUGGAGACAGUUCAUGGUGGAGCAGAAACUGAAAUCGUAUUCAGAACCGGAGAAGAUGUGUGAGGUGGGGAUCUCUGGGGAUCACUGCCUGCCCCAGCACCCUGGCACAUCUCAGGAGACUAUGGGCACCUUUGGGAACAGGUGGAAGUUUUUUGAGGAUACAAGCAGGCCCGUUCAGCAGAACUGUGGGCAGAAGCAAGUGCUCUGUGGGCUCUCAAAAGAGAAGCUGGAGAGGCCGCGGAUGGCAUGCCACGGAUGCGAAAGCAUGGAGCCUUGCUUCCAGAAGAGGGCCCUCAUGACCUCCUUUGGAGAAAAUGCUGACAGUCACAGGACAGUGGGGAAGCUGGGGAAGUCAGAACCGCCUCAGAGACUUGGAACCUUCACAGAGUAUCAGGCCUCUUGGAGGGAUCGGAGGACAGCCUUGGAAGCCAGGAGUUCAGGGAGGUAUCACUCAGUGGAUGACAUUCUGGAUGCAGGUCUGGACCAGCAUGAGAGGUCACAGUACAUUCACAAUAGGUCCCAGUCAUCACUGUCUAUAGACCUUUACAAACAGGAAGCUUCUGUUGAACCACGAUGACAAGCAGAGGACCCUGGUGAGCACAGAGAACUUUCCUUCAUGGUCUGGGCCAAGGAUGGAUGUCUUACCCCAGGUCCAGGAACCCAGUGGAUCCUGCCCCAGGGUCCUGAGCCAUCUCACACCUGGGGAGCUCCAGAGGCACCCCUCAAGGGCUGUGGCCACCUGGGGACCCUUCCUUGCAGUUACAGAUACUCAGAGGACACGGUGCCCACAGCCCCACCACUGCUGCUUGGCCUGGGACCCCAAACGCAGGGCACCCCUGCGGCUCUGCCAGCUCAGGGGCAGGACCUGCCAUUCAUGAGUGUUGUGCAGCUCACCAAAAGACCAGCCCUGCAGAGGCUGCCACUGCCUCAGUGCAAGCCCAGGCCGCUCAGGGUCCUGGCCCCGUCUACCUCUGCGGACGCAUCUGUAGCCACCCUUCUGGGUGUACCUGAGGCCAGUCACAUCAGCCAGCCCCUCUCCCUGUCAUUUCCCAUGGCCCUGGAGGUGUGUGUGGCCCACCUGUCCCUCUUCCACAGCCCCUCUGCCUUGGUGGAAGAUGUGAGCAGUGCCCAGCCUGCAGAUAGCCUGAAAGCUGCCACUGAGCACAAUAAGCAGGAUGUAGGUGAGUAUACAGCCUGUCUGCAGUGGAAAGCCCUGCUCCAAUCCCACUGCUGGCUCCUGCCGCCCACCACCAUGGAGACUUCUCACUCCCCUUUGCCUCAGUUAGCACCCCAGAAGCUGACGGACAAGCCUCCCCUGCUCAUCCAGGACAAGAAUUCCACAAGAAUCCAGCGAGUGGCUGACAACAACACCACGGUGAAGAUGGUGCCCAUCAAGAUUGUGCACUUGGAAAGCCACCCGGAGAAGGAGAGCCGCCAGGGCCUGGAUGGCGCCACCGAGCUGCCUGCACUGUCCAGUGGGCUGGAGAGAGACCAGAUCAAGACGCUGAGCACGUCUGGCCAGGGCUACUCCCGCUUCUGCCUGUACACCUGCCUGGGUGCCGAGGCCCAGCCCCAGCCCCUCCGCGCCAUGGUGCCUGCUGCCAACGACAGCCAGUUCUCCCCUCCUGGGCUCAGCUACGUGAAGGCCAAAGAAAGGACGGCCGAAGGCCUGAACUCGGAGGAGCUGGCCCGGGAGAUUGUGGGGAAGGAUACGUCCCUGGCCGAUAUCCUGGACCGCAGUGUAAAGAUCAAAACCGCCAUGGACGUGAUGGAGGGGAUCUUCCCCAAAGACGAGCACCUCUUGGAAGAAGCUCAGCAGCGGAGGAGGCUGCUCCCCAAAAUCUCCUCUCCUAGAACCGCAGAGGAGAAGGAGGAGGAGCCAAGUGUGCCGGCGGCUGUGUCCCUGGCCACCAGUUCCACCUACUACAGCACGUCGGCCCCCAAGGCAGAGCUACUGAUUAAGAUGAAGGACCUUCGGGAACAGCAGGAGUCUGAAGAGUCCUCAGGGAGUGAGUUGGACCACGACCUGUUGGUAAAGAAGUACCUGCAAAUUCACUGUGUCAUGCAGCAAAGUGUGCAAGGGGGAGACAAGGAAGUAAGCAUUGUGCAGGUGCACUUGCUUGGCCACUUAAUG